AAGAACGGUUGUGUGUGAAGGACUCCUCAAAAAGAUUCAAGAAAUCAAUCAUUAUUAAAUAAAGAUUUCCAUAAAGCUCGUAAAAAACAAUCAAAACGAUGAACUUUCAUUAUCGUUUUCAACGUUUCAUUUGGUCAUGUUAGUCUCUGCAGGUCUUAAUUAGAUCUAUUGACUCCCAGCGCAAUAAAUUUCUAUAUUUCUCUAGCUUUUAUGAUCUCAACGAAAUUUAUUGUUAAAUAAUUGAUUUUUUUAAUUUAUUUCAGUAUAAUAUAUUACUAAUAUGCAGUCACGUAUAGUUGAACCGAGAGCUCAAGCUAAUUCUGGGUUUUGGCAACCUCAAACACUGCGAUUAUCUAAGUAUAUAUAUAUAACUGUGCCUCUUGUCCCCUUUAGUUUCCUGCCGCUUCUCUCUCUAACCAAACCCACACACACACACACACUAUAUUUGUUGCAGCGUAGCGCCAUAAUUGUAUCACGUAACUUUACACCUUCAUUUUGCGAUAGCUAUAAUUACUGCCAUUAAAUUCAAGAACCCAACUUUGAAGAAGGGUUCUUCAGCUUAAAGCUGCCGUGAGCAAAACCCACGAUUUCUGCUUUUCUUGGUCUCUUUUCGCGGAGGAAUCUCAAGUUUCUAGCUCAAAUUGAAGCAGGGGGUUGAUGGAGUCGGAGAACUGGGAUUCCAAGUCGAAAAUGGAGGAUUAUGAAGUAAUCCAGCAGAUUGGAAGAGGUGCUUUUGGAGCUACGUUUCUUGUGCUCCACAAAACUGAGAAGAUCAGGUAUGUGCUGAAGAAAAUUCGAAUUUCAAAGCAGACGGAGAAGUUCAAGCGUACGGCUCACCAAGAGAUGAACUUAAUCUCAAAACUACAGCAUCCAUAUAUCGUUGAAUACAAGGAUGCUUGGGUGGAGAAGGGAAGUUGUAUAUGCAUUUUGACCAACUACUGUGAAGGUGGAGACAUGUAUGAGAUCAUAAGGAGGGCAAGAGGAACUUAUUUCUCCGAGGAGAAAAUAUGCAAGUGGCUGACCCAACUGUUGUUAGCUAUCGACUAUCUGCAUUCCAAUCGCGUCCUUCAUAGGGAUCUCAAGCUAUCCAACAUAUUUCUCACGAAGGAAAACGAUAUCCGUGUUGGUGAUUUUGGGCUCGCAAAACUUCUCAACGAGGAGGAGGGUCUUGCUUCUUCGGUUGUCGGGACGCCCAACUACAUGUGCCCGGAGCUUCUUGCAGAUAUCCCAUAUGGCUAUAAAUCAGACAUAUGGUCACUAGGUUGUUGUAUGUUUGAGAUUGCUGCACACCACCAAGCAUUUAAAGCCACUGAUAUGGCUGGACUUAUAAACAAGAUAAACAGAUCCUUGAUCUCUCCACUUCCCAUUAUCUACUCUUCCACUCUAAAGCAGAUCAUCAAGAGCAUGCUGAGGAAGAGUCCGGAGCACAGGCCAACGGCUGCAGAGCUGUUGAGACACCCGCAUUUGCAGCCGUUCCUCCUCCGUUGUCACAAUCCAUCGACUGUGUUUCUUCCUGUGAAGUCCCCGUCUCCAAGCAAGACGAAGGAGAAGAUGGCCAAGUCCUCACCUAGAAGCUCGUCCGGUGCUAGGAAAGAGCCGAGGGGGAGAGAGUUGAAGAUGAAACAAAGGGAGCUUCUGCCAUUGUUUGAUGAAAAUGCAGAUAUGCCUUAUACAAAUCUAUUGGAUGGUGAUGCAUUGGUGGAAUACAAACUCGAGACAAAGAGAGUCGACCCCACGAGCUAUUCUGGAAAAAUCUCCCACGACAGCGAGGAUUCCAAGAGCGGAGACGCAAGUUGUGAGACCACUGCUUGCAACGGAGAUGAUUCCACAUCACUAAGAGGGAGCAUCACCAUCGCAGAUGAUCUGGAAAUGCCAUCGAACGAAGCUCGCUCACACGACCAUUCCCCCAACCACUCUGCGAAACCGGAUGAUGAAGUUCGUGAAAGUGAAAAGAUAGAAGCAGAUGACGCUGCAGUCAAGAAAUGCAGUGAAACAGCUGAUGAAGCCGUUGCUGAAAACAUGCCAUCAACUCAAGAAACUGUGAUCUCCAACGUCGUUGCUGAUGGCACUGAAACUAAUCCAUCUACUGAUGUGGUGGUGAUGGAGCCCUCAACCAAAAUGAAGCAAGCUGAGAACGAGGACACGCAGCAUGUAGUAAGGCAAGCACCACCAGGUGACGAUCCCGCAGCUGCAAGUGAAGUCGAGGAAGGUAAGGGUGAGGUUGAAGUAGCAGUGCCACGUAGGGCCGAUGCUUUGGAGUCCUUGCUUGAGCUGUGCGCGCGUCUGCUGAAGCAAGAUAAGUUCGAUGAGCUCUCGGGUGUGCUGAAGCCAUUUGGGGAAGACACGGUCUCCUCGAGAGAAACAGCAAUCUGGCUUACAAAGAGCCUAAUGAAUGCACAGAAUUUGCCAAAGGAGUCUUGAUUCUCUUGUUUUUUUUUUCCCUUUGAUUUUGUGGGCUUGAAUUUGUAAUUACUUUGCCUGAAAGAGUGAUGUUUUGUUUGAUUGAUGAGGAAGCAUGUUUACAUUUCUCAAUAAAAAUAACUUCAUUUA